GUCAGGCAGGAAGUCACAUGCAGGUUUGUUUAAAUGUGAGAGCCUCAAAAAAAAGGAGAGAAGUUAGAGCGAAACUUUCACCAUGAUUCGGCUUGAUACACAGAGCUCCACUAUCUGGCUCCUUCUUUGUCUUACAGUCUGUCCAUGCAGGAGCAUUACUGUUACUGGUUUCAGUGGUGGGAAAGUCACUCUGCCCUGCAAGUAUAACAUGAAAUAUCAUGGGCAAUGUGAUAUAUGUUGGAUGAGGGGAGAAAUUCCAUUAUCAGGGUGUGGGACAGAAAUCAUUGCCACCGACGGAGAUAAAGUGGUGAGGAGCACAUCGCAGAAAUAUCAGCUAAACGGAGAGUUACAGAGAGGAGAUGCAUCUUUGACAAUACACAACACUACACAUGAAGACUCUGGGAAAUACGGCUGCCGCGUACACGUGCCUGGAUGGUUCAAUGAUGAAAAGAUUGUAAUCGACGUAGUCAUUAUGAAAGGACCCACCUCUGAAGUGUAUUCUUUAUUACCAAAUACCCCCAAGCCAGUAACAAGGGAUCCAUGGGAGACUGAACCUACACACGUAGCUAACAGCACAACUUACAACUUUAACACCUCAAAUCCAAAAAGCGAACAAUCUGGGAAGGAAACAACAAAUAAGGCAGUUCCUUUAACUGUCAUACCAAUCCUGCUAAUUUUACUCAUUAUCGGAGCUGCUAUUUAUCUGAUAUGGUUGAAAAAAAGGAGAACCAGGGAAUCUGUCGAAAUAGACCAGAACUCAAACAGAGAAGCCAUCUACAACAACUCAGAAGUGAGCCUGGGUCUGAACAGCAGGUCAAUGGCUAUGGAAAACAUCUACCAGAUAGACACUGAGAAUGCAUAUGAACAAUGGUCAAGAUAACAAGGAGUAACAUCCUGUAUAAACAGUGUUGGACUGUUUUUUAUGUUGUUUUUUUCCAUUUCUUCCAUCAUUUCAGAUGAUUUUUAAAUAUUUUGGUGAUUUUUUUUUCUUUUCAGUUGAAUCAUGUUCUUCAGUCUACAGAUAUUCACAUAUGGACUGUAGUGCAAUUUGUAAAUGUACCAGUUGUAAAAUAUAUAUAUAUAUAUA